AUGAAACAACCUGCUGCAAAAUCAUCAUUAAGGAGGUUAUGUCCAAACAUAGACAAAGAAGAUGGAUUGGAAACUGUUCUUGAAAUACCUAUACCUGAAGAAAUGUUUUCAAACAUGGGAAGUAAUGUGACAUUAAGAUGGCAAAAUAUGUUAACAUGGAUGAAGGCUCAAACUGAGGAUAAAUUGUCUUCCCCUACGGUUUCAGCACGUUUAAAUGAACUUCGAUUUUUGCUUUACCUUGUUGGCUCUCCUCUUAUCCCUCUUCAAGUUCAAUUAGGACAUUCCGUUCAUCGUCCUGUCAGAGAUUCCUCAAUUGAAGCAUCAACGGCCAAGUAUAUAGUGCAACAAUAUAUAGCAGCAACAGGAGGACAACCAGCAUUGAAUGUGGUUGAAAGUAUGUGUGUAAUGGGGCAAGUCAGGAUUACUGCUUCAGAUUUUCAUCAUACUGGUGAAACCAUUGAAGUGAAAAAAACCUCUGAAGAGAGUGGAGGAUUUGUUUUAUGGCAAAAGGAUCCAGAUUUGUGGUGUUUAGAACUCAUUGUGUCUGGUUGCAAGGUUAGUUGUGGUAGCAAUGGUAAGGUUUCGUGGCGUCAUUCUUCUAAUCAACAACAACCUAUUGCUAAAGGUGCUCCUAGACCCCUUCGUCGAUUUCUUCAGGGAUUGGAUCCUAGGGCUACAGCAAACUUAUUUUUAGAUGCUGCAUGUAUAGGAGAGAAAAUAAUCAACGAUGAAGAAUGUUUCAUACUAAAAUUAGAAACAAGUCCAGCCAUUCGUGAGUCUCAAAGUGGUCCGAAUUUUGAGGUCAUUCACCAUACCAUAUGGGGGUAUUUCAGCCAAAGAUCAGGUCUCCUAGUUCAAUUUGAAGAUUCUAGAUUACUAACAAUGAGAACCAAAGAUGAUAAUGACAUUUUUUGGGAAACAAGUCUAGAGUCAGUAAUUGAUGAUUAUAAAUAUGUAGAUGGAAUAAAUGUGUCACACAGUGGCACAACUCGAGUUACUGUUUCUAGAUAUGGAGAACAAUCUGCAAAUCAUAAAAGGGAAUUGGAAGAAAGAUGGAAGCUUGAAGAGGUAGAUUUUAAUAUAUGGGGUUUGACUGCUGAAAGCUUUUUGCCUCCAUCAAACUUAGGAAAUACAUAA